ACAGUUAAAGAGCGACGUAUAAGGCCCCGAUCGAUGUAUUAGAGGCGCCCACUCUCUCACCCGCGCUGCGAUCGAAAAGUGCCACCAAGAUGGCGGACGGUGAUCAGCAUGGUGGAGCCGGACUCCGAGUGGUCUCCAAUGGUCACGAACGGGUGUCCCCUAAAAUAUCGUCUGAUAGGGAUUAUCUUUUAGAAGACCCGGAUGCGAACGAUAUCAUACACAAGACUAUCCUGGUGGGUGACAGCGGAGUAGGAAAGACGUCACUUCUUGUUCAGUUCGACCAAGGAAAGUUCCAGACGGGGUCGUUCUCUGCGACCGUCGGCAUAGGGUUUACGGUGAUGCUGGUGGGUGACUCCGGUGUGGGCAAGACGUGUCUUCUGAUCCGCUUCAAGGACGGGGCCUUCCUCAGCGGUACAUACAUCUCCACCGUCGGCAUGGAUUUUCGGAAUAAGGUAGUUACGGUGGACGACAGUAAAGUCAAAUUACAGAUUUGGGACACAGCCGGACAAGAAAGGUUUAGAAGUGUCACGCAUGCGUACUACAGAGACGCCCACGCCUUACUCCUACUUUACGACGUCUCAAAUAAAACGAGCUUCGACAACACCCGCGCAUGGCUGGGCGAGAUCAAUGAAUACGCUCAAGACGACGUGGUUAUCAUGUUGAUCGGGAACAAGGCGGAUAUUCAGCAGGACCGACAAGUACGCUACGAAGACGGAGAACGCCUUUCUAGGGAAUAUGGAGUAGCAUUCAUGGAGACCAGUGCCAAAACAGGGUCCAACGUCGAGCUGGCAUUCAUGGCCGUGGCUAGGGAACUGAAACAGCGUAUGACGAAGGGAGUCCACGACAGUUCCCGUUUCAACAUGAACGAGUACAUCCGGCGGGAGAGUCAAGUGAAGGCUGUCGGCUGCUGCAGUAGUUAGGGAUGGCGCGGUCUCAGGUUCAAGAUGCCUUUCUAACGUCACCAGGAGUGCCAGAGCCCCAAGCCGCAGCAGCGUCUCACGCCUCAUGUGCUCACCAACUAAUUCAUUCAUUCGUUGCUGGAAAAGAUGUGCACUAGAACUGGAGGAAGGCUUGUUGUCGUGGGAACAGUAUUGAUAUAUCUACGUGUAUCGACCGAGGUCAUCAGUACGUUUGACGCGGUGAACUCCAGCCUUGUCUUACGCACGGCUAUAUCGCUGACUUCGUUUGAUGGUGUUGCAUCGUCAGGGUUACGUCUCCACAAAGAGCCCACGCAGCUUGAAACAGGAACAGUUCCUUUUUUUUUAAUCUGUUAAAUGCGGUUGUGAAUUCCUUUCCGGCAGCCCAAGCGUGCAACAUGUACAAAUAUUUUAAUAGAUUUUAUAGGUGUUCGUGUUCAGACAAUAAAGUGAUGUACACUCAGUA